GUCAUGUUUUACACAAUAAAAUGUACCUCCAUCUAACAUUGAAAAAACUGUCACUACAAUUAUAACCCUAGCCAGAAACCAUUAUGUCGCACAUACUUGCGUCAAAGCUCGAUUGCCAAUGCGGCGGAAAAACCAGUCCCAUUGACUCGGUUAUAGAACCGAUUACCCAGGAACUCAAGUGCAUGCAAAAGGUGCUGGGAAAGGUCAGGCGUUUGCAGAUGAUCGAACUUAUCCGAAGGGAAACCGAGAUGUAUGAGGCUGAAUUGAGGGCUAUGAACCUCUCCAUUUGGCAUGAAGCUGGUCAUCGAUUCUGCAAAUGACAUAUAGGGGAAACUCCUCAUUUCAAGAAGUCCAAUAGUCAGUUAAGAAUUUGCUCUAAUGUUUUUCGAAGGAAGUUAACAUCCACAAGUUCAGUUAGCUCUAGGUUUAAAUUACCAUUUACUUGCAUUUCCUUACAAAGUGUUCUCCCAAAACUUCAAAAUAUUUGUAUUUUAGGAACGUUUAUUGACAAAAGCAUGUAAUAAUUAUCAAAAAGAUGUAGUGCUCCAUGUAUUAAAAUCGAUAAUCUGA